AUGAAGUCGCCGUGGAGGGCGGCCUUAAAGAAGCUUGCAGAGAUGGGGUGGAUGCAGGUUCUAGCAAACAUCGUCACCCACGCGCAUGCAGUGACUGCAUGCGCGCUGUCGCGGGCGUGGCGGUCUUCCCUGAGCAAGCUGGCCUGCACAGCGCAGGAAGCCCGGAGAUAUGGGAACAGCUUCCUUCGGGAAUGGAUCGAGCAUCCUGCAGCAGCAACUUCUGCGCUGAGCAGCAUUGCGAAGGCUCGCAGCGCCCGGGUGUGCACGGAACUUUUACAGGUCAUGAGGGAGGUGGUCCUUGAGACGAAUGAUUUCCACUAUGGGGCGACUGCGAAUGCUCUUCAGUUGCAAGGCCGCUGGCAGUUGGCUUUGGAUCUCAUCCGCAGCAUGGCUUGUCGGGGGGUAAGAGCUAGCUCUGUCACGGUAACGUGUGCAUUUGGACCGUGGGAAACAUCGGCAAGCCUUCUGUCCAUGGCGCGACAGGAUGGUCCGAAGCCCAACGUCGUGAGCUUCACUGCCUGCAUAGGCUCCUUGGAACCGGAGAGCGAUGCAACCUGGGAUCGUGUCCUGUCCCUGAUGGUCUUGAUGCGGCGGCAGCGAAUCAGGCCGAACUGUGUGACAGUCAGCGCUGGCCUUGGAUCAAUUGGUCGCCGCUGGCGGCUGGCGCUGAGCCUCCUCAGUUCAACUUCGCAGGAUCGCCUGCGUCGCGAUGCGGUGUCCUUGAACGCGGCAAUGGGCACAGCCGCUGUUGUUCUGCGACGACGGCUAGACGAGGUGCUGUGUGGUAGUGAAGAGAUUGUCAGCUCUGGCCAAUGGCUGGCCGCGAAUGUGCUGCUUUGGGAUUUGAAGUCGGCAGCCCUCUGUGCCGAUGUCGUGAGCUUCAGCUCUGUCGUGGCAGCUUGCGAGCUGAAGUGGAGGAUGGCAGUGGCUAUUUGCGAGCCGAUGUGCCUGGCAAAAGCCAGGCCGAAUCUGAUCACGCAUCGCUGCCUUCUGCGAGCACUUGAGAAUGGUGGACGUUGGCAGUCGGCACUUGGCCUUGUCUCCUCCAUGGCAGUGCAAAGGAUAUCUGACAAAAUCAGCCCGUCAGCAGCGCACUGCAGCUGCUUGUGCAAAGUCCGGUCCACUGGGAAGGGCAUUGCAGCAGAUACGCGGCUCUUGUCUAGCAGAAGACCUUCUCACACACCUCCUCAUGAUCCGUGUAGCUGA